GAUGAUGUUAAAGUUGGUGAUCUUGUUGUCAAGGAGCAGGAAUUCAUAGAGGCUACUAGUGAGCCUGGUAUUACAUUCUUGUUAGCAAAGUUUGAUGGUAUCCUCGGUUUGGGUUUCAAAGAGAUUGCUGUAGGAAACUCAACUCCGGUUUGGUAUAACAUGGUAGAAAAAGGUUUGGUUAAGGAACCAAUUUUUUCGUUCUGGCUUAACCGUAACCCGAAAGAUCCAGAAGGUGGUGAGAUUGUUUUUGGUGGACUUGACCCAAAGCACUUCAAAGGAGAGCAUACUUAU